AUGGACUCGUUUGACGCUGUCGUUAUUGGCGCGGGUUUUGCUGGAAUUUAUCAGCUUUAUAAACUCCGUGAGCUAGGACUCUCGGUAAAGCUGUUUGAAAAAGCUCCCGAGGUUGGCGGCACGUGGUACUGGAAUCAAUAUCCAAACGCUGCCAGUGAUUCUCCCAGCGAGUUAUACAGAUACAGCUGGGAUAAAGAAGUUUUACUCAACUACCCAUGGCCUACACACGUUGUCCCCCAAAAAGAAACUCAGGCUUAUUUGAAACAUAUGGUAAAGCGUCACGGCUUGAAAAAGCACAUGAAGUUUUCCACGGAACUCAAAUCGGCAUCUUUUCAAGAUUCUUCAUGGACUCUUAGCUUCUCAACCGGCGAGACUGUCAAGACCACCUACUUGAUUGCUGCUACUGGAGCGUUUAAUAAGGCCAACUGGCCCAAAAUUCCUGGGCGUGAAAAGUUUAGUGGUGAGCAAUAUCACUCAGGAAUUUGGCCUGAGAAACGCGACCUCAAGGGCAAGCGAGUUGGAGUGAUUGGUAACGGCUCUUCCGGUGCCCAAAUCCUGGUUGGCCUUGCCAAAGAAUCAGGUGCAAAACAAAUCAUUGCUUUUCACCGCGAAGCGGCAUAUGUGGUACCCAACCAGAUUGGACCAGUCUCAGCUGAAUACAGAGACAACAUCGUCAACAACUACGACGAAUUUUGGAAGGGAGCUCGAAAUUGCCCUCUUGGAUAUGGCUUCAAGCCGCUAACUACCCCAACAUUCGAUGUCAGCGCAGAAGAGCGCGAGAAGGUUUACGAAGCAGCCUGGAACGACGUAAUGGCCUUCUCAUUCGUUUAUAAAACCUUCUCAGAUGUUUUGACCAAUGACGCUGCAAACAAGGAGGUUUGCGACUUCAUUAAGCGAAAAAUAGCCAAGAUUGUGGAAGACCCUGGAAAACGUGCCAGGCUUACGCCAGCCCCAGAUGCGCUAUAUGCUAAACGGCCUGUCUGCUGCGCAGGUUAUUAUGAGAUCUUUAACCAAGAUAACGUUGAUGUUGUUAAUUACCAAAUGACCCCCUUUGUUGGAAUUACCGAAAAGGGUAUCCAGACGGAAGACAAGCUUCAUGAGUUGGAUGUCCUCGUCUAUGCAACUGGUUUUGAAUCCGAUGGCAGUUGGGCCUCAAUCGACAUUAGCGGCCCUAACCAGACAUUGGAGCAGCACUGGGCUGAGGGAGCAACUUCAUAUUUGGGAGUAACGGAAGCAGGAUUCCCCAACUUCUUCAUGGUUGUAGGCCCGCAGUCGGCAGUUACGAACAUGCCUCCAUUGAUUGAGGGUCAGGUCAACUUUAUCACAGGGAUGAUUUCCAAGGCUGAAUCUUUACGGAAAGAAACUGAAGUAAAUGGAAAGAAGGCAAUUCUUAUUACUGCUACUCAAGAAGCGGAGGACGAGUACAUGGCAGAAUGUCGAUCCCUUGCAGAAGGAAGUAUUUAUUACAAGGAUAAGUCAUUCCUUUUUGCUGAUAACCAUACCUCGAGGAAGUCGAGCAAGAACGGAAGGAAUGUUCUUUGGUACCUUGGCGGCUUGAACAAAUACUUGGACAAGGUUCAAGAGGUAAUCGAUGGAGACUACCGCGGAUUUACUUUUGCGUCUUAG